AUGGUGUCUCUGACCAGGUUUGUUCCGCCUUGUCCCCCAGAACCCAAGGUGAUGUUUGCCAAGGAACAGCCAGCACACAGUGAGGUGCAGGCUGCGGCAGGGGCCAGCGCCAUGCUGAGCUGCAAAGUGGCCCAGGCCCAGUCAGAGGUGAUGUGGUACAAAGAUGAGAAGAAGCUCAAUGUGAGCUCUAGAGUGUGUGUGAAGGCCAUAGGCCAUGGUCACUGGCUGGUGGUGCAGAAGGCAGACAAGGUGGACACCGGGGAGUACAGCUGUGAGGCCAGGGACCAGAAGGUCUCCUUCCACCUGUACAUCCCAGGUGGGUCCUGA